CACUGCUCCAAGCUGAACGCCUCCCUGGCCAUUGCCAAGGAUGAGGGGGCCAUGGCAGGAUUUGCUCUUCCGCCUCCGCGGGAACGGCGAUUACUGGCUCGGGCUGCGCAGACGGGGCCAGCGCCUGCACUGGGGGGACGGCAGCAGCUACAGCUCCCGGGUUCCUGUCUUUGGCGAUGCCGAGUGCGCGUACCUGGCUGACGAGGAAUUCAGGAGUGGGAACUGCUCAAAUCCGCGGCCGUAUGUCUGCAGCAAGGCCCAAGCUCCCCUGUGACGGGGGCUGCAGAAAGGACCUUCUCCACGCUGGGCAGUGCCAGCUUCCCCUCUCAGCGCAGCCCAGGGCUGUCCUUCCUCAGCUGCACCCUGUGCCUUGCACUGCCUCUCAGGGUCACCUCAGUGCCUGUCCAUCCCCAGAGCCAGCGCUGGGCUGGGGCUGCAAAGGAAACGUCUCUGCAAUCCAUCCUGCCACCCAUGCUGCCUGCAGGGAGUGCAGUGCCCUCAU